UACCACAAUUACUGGCUGUCGAAUGUAUCGCAUGUCCAUCGUACCCGUUGGCAAUGUUUGCAAACGUCUAAGAAUUUGGUAAUGCGUUGAGUCAAUCAUGGCCCAUCGCAUUCAGCCGUCAGCCUUCUGAAACAGAGAAGAGCUUCGAUCGACAUCACCAACAUCACGUUGCGCACUUCACCGCCCUCCAUACCCACGACUACACCUCAAGAUGGCUGAAGCUACCCCGCCCAAAUCCUACUCCUCCGACCCGGUGCUCUACCUAUACACGUCUCUCACGUCUGGCUCGUCGCACAUUGUCACUGCCACAUCGCGCAUGGAAACCAUCCUCAAGGCGAACCGUAUCCCGUUCAGAGCACUCGAUAUUGCAACCGAUGAGAAAGCACGCAUGCUAUGGGGCCGGAGAGCGGGAAAAGACGAGUCUGGCAGGGCGCGAAAAAUCCCAGGCUUGGUGCAGAUGGGCUUGGUAGUUGGGGAUCUCGUGGAAGUUGAAGAAUGGAAUGAGUACGGAGAGUUGAAGCAACAUAUCAAGAUCGUCCCUAUUCCUGGAACUCCCUCUGGAUCUGCGGCUCCCACACCCACGACGACCCCCUCGAAAGCCCCCGUUGCGAAGGAGAACAUCAAGCCUACACCUACUGCCGAGCCCUCGAAGCUUUCUCAGCCGGUAGAACAAGUUACUGCACAAAUGUCCUCGUUCUCGUUGGCAAUGAAGCAAGUGGGCCAGGAAGCUGCACAGAAGGCGAAGGAUGGCAAAAAGAAGGCCACUGAGGCAUUGGAGGGAGUAGGACAAGCAGACCCCGCGGAAGCAUCGAAGAAGUCAGCGGUCAUACCACCUCCCCUUGCUGUUCUGAAUCCACCACACAAUGCCCCGAGCAACACAGUUCUGCAAUCGCCGACCAGCUCGGCGUGGAGAAGCGCUCCGAGCAAGAGCUUCCACACACCGAAGAGUUCACUAAGCAAGCUAGAACCGAUGCAAUCUCCAACAUCUACGGCUUGGAAGCCUUCGGAUACAGAUGGACCUGUGUUGACACAUAGGGGAUCAUCGAUUUCUAUGGCAAGCGAUGAGGAGAUUAAGCAGGUUGAGGAAGAUGAGAAGAUCGUUGAAGAAGAUGAGGAUGCUGUGGAGGAUUGAUUGAUGAUUGAUGGCUUUGGUACUUGAGACGGUCUAGUUGGUGAAAUUCCAAUAAAUGAUUUAUGAGUUCAGUGUUCUGUCCCUAUUUGAUUUAUCUUUCAAGUUCUCAGACACCAGAGAAGGGCAUAGUUGCUCGGAAGUUGUUCAUGGAGGAAAUAAGGCGCAGCACCCGGCCCCAGUUUAUACUAGUUGUUAAGCUUUAAGAGGAGCUAGGUUUAUACUUAUGUUGCUGAACAGAAUCGGUCGUUACGUCAACUUCAAAGUUUCCAAUAGGUAUAUUUGCUAUUUUAAGAUCAGUCUAUUUGUUGUUUGAGAAAAGAAGCACACUCCCAUGUGACAACCCCAUUGACUACCCCCCUUGACUACCUCUCGUUUUUUACCCCCACCUGCUCAUAACCAUCUUUUC